AACAGAAAGCAUCCCAGCAAAUAUUGGUCGGACACGACGUCACGUCCAUUGCCGAAAGCUGUCGCCAUAGAACGGCUUAAAUUGACCAGCACCACAACAUUUAAAGAGGGCACAUGGCCCAAAUUAAUAGAACAAUCAGCAGACACCUAUCGGUGCCCACUGUGCCACAAGGUGGGGCCAUACCAUGCCCUAAUACCCCAUUUACAAGGACACCAGAAAUCUGUAGUUAAAUAUGGAGAAUAUAACAUCGACAAAUGCCACCUGCAUUGUGUCCCAAGCAGCCAUUAUCAUUGCAGCUUCUGUCAAAAAAUUAUUGUUAGAAAGGAGCUGUUCUUGAAUCACUUCAAGUCUUGCCUAACGUCAGGUACGACUGGAGCAAUGACUGCAGCUCCACCACUAGUGCCGGCAUUGACGCGUCCACCGACGGCAUCGGCAGUGCAGGCGGUUCCACCGACGGGGUCGGCAGUGCCGGCGGUUCCUCCACCAACGGCGUCGGCACGUCCAUCACUGGCAACAGCAGUGACAAAAAAGAUGUUUCCAGCAGUACCAGUGACAGCCCCCAAAAUAUUGCUGUCAAAGCUCAUAAAAACAUGUUGUUUUUGCCACUUGGUAUGGCAGAAGAAAAACCUCAAAGCUCACAUUCAAAGACGGCACUCCUCAAUAACACAAGACAUCACAGCCAAUCGCUAUCUACAGUCUGUGUGUAUUGAUAACAAAAGGGGCAUUUUUGCAGUUGUAAUGACAUUCAAGGGUCCUGCCCAUUACAUCCAUGUCCAAAAGUGUACCUGGGGCGAGAAGCCACAGAUUACCUGUCAACUAGAUAAAUGCAACAGGCAAUAUAAGUAUGCACACAGAAGUGGGCAAGUAGGUUUUGACUGCCAACAUAUUCAGUCAUUGGUGUACUGUCCUGUGGCCACUAAUUUACCUGUUGCCCAUAACGAAGGGACUAACAGAUAUGGUAAGCAAGGACACAGAGAGGGAGUGUUUGAGAAGAAAGCUGGCUGCUGAUGCAGAUGGUGCACCAUUGAGCUUUGAAGUAAAUCUGAGGCAAGAACAAAGACAGUACUUUAUUUCUGUGUUUGAGCCACACAUCUCCUCAUACUGUAUGUUUGGAAGGCUCACGGUCCACUACAAUGGUGUCAAAAAUAACUGGCAUUGCCUUUGCACAAAGGCUAGAAAAUCCUGCCCACACAAAGCUAUAGCUAAGUGGCACCUGCACCAGCUUAAACAAGAGAUUUUCACAAAUCCGGAAAGUUUUCACAAAGACCCCCCCCCCCCUGAGACAUUUUCAGUUGAGACAGAUCCUGGAGUGGACAAACAAGCAGGGAUCAUUUCCCUUUAUCCCCCAGAGGGGAAAGCACUUGUGGAAAUAGUGGAGAACCUUAAAUCACACAAGGCCCUGCCAGCAAAUCUCCCAAAAGACUUGACAUUGUUAAGGUUGUCUUCAGACAUGCCUAGGAAGUUGGUCCCUAGUGAGAUCUAUUGCCAUAAGUGUCCAGGAACAGUUCCUCUGUCAGAUCCGAUAGCCAUAUCGAACAAAGCCAAGAUUGUCACAAUCACUGAAGUCGUGGGUAGGUUGCAGUACCUGAUAGCAUUAGUAUUUGCUGUUUUUAAGUUUAAUGCAUGAUAAAUAUGAAUACUCUGUAAUUCUUGAAACAUUGACAAGACUUUGAAUGCGCCUUUUCCUUGUUUUUAACGUGUAACAACACAUUGUAAAAAAUGUGCUGAAUGUGGCACAUUUUACCCUUACCAGGGGU